CGUUUACCCAACUGCCGGAUUGACCUAUCUCGAAGCUCAAACGCCAAGAGGAAGAUAGUGGGGGAAAGGAGACUUGCCCUGAUACUACAACUCGAUCGAAGAUUCUUGCGAACACCGAUCAACCCAAAGCAAAGCUUUCCUACUUUACGCUUAUCUGAGAUCCAAUCCAGCCAUUCUGUUCAUAGACCUCAUCUCUUCAUGAAGUGAAACAUCAACAUCAACGCGUGGCUAAAUUCAUCAAUCCGCUCAUUUUUCUAAUUCAGCAUAUUACUUUACAGAUUAAUAUCAGGCCACUUCGCGUGAACCUUUGAUUAGAACAUGGCGCCAACCCCUGCUGCACCCCGCACCCCUGGUCGGUCUCCGCCCCCUGACACCCUCCCAGCUGCCGGCGAAAAUGGAAACUCGAACAAUGCUCAAGCAAAUGCAACCCGCCGUACUUCGCUGGGAUUUCUGCGUCGUGCAAAGUCUUCGGAGAAGGCCAAGGAGGAGCAGCUGCGUCGCCAACGCGAGGCCGCCAUAUCGAAAUUUGCACCCCAAUUGCCGGAUAUCGCACCUCCUCCCCAGCUCAACACAUUUGGUGGUGAGAACGUUCGCUCCAACUUGUCAGGUCGCGCAGGGUCAUAUGAGCCUCUCUCGGCCCAGAGCCACCCGCCUGUCCCACCGAUUCCAUUCGUCGACGUAUACGGAAAAGCCGAAAGUAUGGCGCACCGUGGUCGUUAUAGCUAUGCCAGCAGUGCCGUUAGCACCAUUAAUAGCCCGAGAAGAGUAAGGAGACGAAAGGAUCCGACACCAUACAACAUCCUCGUGAUCGGGACUAGAAACUCAGGCAAGACAUCUUUCGUCAACUUUUUAAGAAAAGCUCUAGCUCUACCACCGAAUAAACGCCCAACCCGCAACCCUGAAGAGAUGGAUGACCUACCCCAGGCACCACCAAACGGUUAUUUCACUUGCCAUUAUCUUGAAACAGAAAUCGAUAGUGAACGGGUCGGCCUGACAUUGUGGGACUCUCAGGGUCUCGAAAGAAGCAUUGUGGACCUUCAGUUAAGAGAAAUCACUGGUUUCUUGGAGAGCAAGUUUGAGGACAGUUUUACCGAAGAGAUGAAAGUCAUACGAUCACCAGGAGUCCGUGAUACGCAUAUUCACUGUGCCUUCCUCAUCCUGGACCCAGCACGGCUUGAUGAAAACAUUGCUGCUGCCCAAAAAGCUGCCGGAGGAGAUUCUAGUGGGUCUGCAAUUCGGGUGGUUGGUGGUCUGGAUGAAGACCUUGACCUGCAGGUUCUUCGUACCAUGCAAGGCAAAACCACCGUGGUACCUGUCAUCAGCAAGGCCGAUACUGUUACAACUGCCCACAUGGCAUUCUUGAAGAAGACUGUGUGGGAUAGCUUGAAGAAGGCCAACAUCGACCCGUUGGAAGUACUCACUCUCGAAGAACACGACGACGACUACUCCAGCUCCCUCGAUCACUUCGAUGAAAAGGAGGAAGAUGAAUUGCGCGAGGCAAAAGAUGAUGCGAACCGCCGCACACCCGAUUCAGAAACCGUCCCGGAUGAUCCUAACAAUCCAGUCCCACCACCCGCCGCACCAUCCGCGGCAGAAAGGUCUUUGGAGAAGCAGCGGAAGCGCAGCUCAUCCUCGAGCAUGUUAAGUGGAGGCUCGAACGCCGAGCCUUUUAUUCCACUUUCGAUUCUCUCCCCUGACCCGCACAGUUUAGAGUCUAAAGACGGACCGAUCGGACGCAAGUUUCCUUGGGGAUUCGCUGAUCCAUAUGACCCAGAGCACUGUGAUUUUCUAAAGCUAAAGGAUACAGUCUUUGGAGAGUGGCGUGGUGAACUCCGUGAAGCCAGCCGUGAGGUUUGGUAUGAGAGAUGGAGAACUAUCCGCCUGAAGCGAAAUGGUAGUUAUGGGAACGGUCAGGCUUGACAGUUUGAUGAUGUCCAAUAUUAACCUAGCUCAUGAGCUGAUACUGUCCUGCCAUCUUCUUGUCUUCAGAUCCUAUUGUCCAGGAAUGGGCAUUUGGUUCCAUUUGUUAUGGAGAUGUGAGGCAAUGUGCAUUUUGCUACUUUGCAUGUUUCUGCUUUCUCUUCUUCCGAUGUCUUAUAUUCAAAACCUUUUCCUUGUGCUUUUCUGCUGGUGUGGAGGAUACCCUCUGUGUGCCUGGCUUUUUUUUUUUUGGUGUGAAUGCUGAUGUGGCAAAAAUUGUUCAGUUCAAGAACCUUUUCUUUUCUAUCCUCCACUAUUUUCCUCUCACACUUUGUCGGCUAUGAAAAUGCCUGGCUCGAUCAAACCUCCCUGUCUGUCUUCACGACUUUUUUUUUCAUACAUCCCAUUUGUGACUUGUUCUUUUCUGAGUAUCUUUUUUUUUCUUUUCUUUUCUUUUCUUUUGUUUUUUUCUCUUCUCAUACCCCCUUUUUUUUCAAAGCUUUAUGUUCAAUGCCUCCUUUGAUACACACAUUCUACUCGGGAUGAUUUUUUUUGUGUAGAGUAUUAAACAAGAUACUGCUGCUGGAUGA